AGUCUGUUUACAUGUAGCCGCGCUAGCUUUAGCUUCUGCUGAGCGGUAAGUUGAGCUAAAAUAAACUGUAUUCAGAUUCAAUUAAAUGUCUUUACUGCGAUAGUAAAUGUACCUUCAAGCUUUGUCAGACAGCAGAGCGACAUGAAACACCAAGGUCUCUUUAAGCCUCUGUAUCCGGUCACACGGUGCCAGACUCACUUCAGAACUCUGAGACUUAAAGUUAGUCUUCCUAUUAACGGAGAACAGUCGCGUAUUCUUAACUGAUUUAGACAUUAUAUGAAUCUGUAGAAGCCAGUUGUAAAUUAGGCUUAAAUAGUACGGACCAAACACUCAUUUGUUGUAAUGUUUGUUGUAUUUCACGUCAGAGUGACGUAGUUUUCUGUCUCAGCGUAGUUCUUUAAAAACGAAACGUAGUUAUGAACCAGUUCUGUGUUCAGUAAAUAGACUUAAAUAAAAGUGAUUUAAGUCUCAAGGUUUACUAAACUCUGAACCUCAGAUGGGACUUUUCAAAAUAAAAUGAACAAUUAGAGAUUAUAUCUUCACCACGUUUCAGAUGAAGAUAUUUUAGCUUUUUACUCCAUGAAGUUACAGUAAUUUAAUGGCUGAUAGAUAUUAUUAUUAUUAUUAUUAUUAUUAAAGCUUCCGGUGUUGUUUUGUAACUUUAUUCUGAAGGAAACUGUUGAAAACGUUUCCAUCAACUGGUCUUCAACAUGGUCAAACAGAGAGCAGACAGGUGUUUCAUACCUGCCGCAGCGAGCAGCGUGACGGGGGUUCGAUUCCCGGUCGGCCCCGUUCACAGGAGACACCUCCCGACUCAGCCGGUCGACAGCUCCUCCUCCACCACCGAAGAAGAGAGAGGAGAGCCGGGACCCCAUGGAGGUCCAGGAGAGACAAAGAGGGCCCGACUGGACGGAGCUGUAGAAGCAGCAGCUCUGACCAAUCGAGAGAAAGUCCCAGCGUCAUGUGAUCAAUCAGGAAGUGAGAGCAGCUCCACAGCAGACGAUGUUCGGUCCAGACUGACUCCAGACCAGCAGGCAGCAGAACCCAGUGAUGACAGCAGAGCAGCUGAGCCUGUGAGGUCACUGAAGGUAACCAUCCAGCAGAGCAGUGAGAGCAGAGAGUUUGGACAGACAGACAGGACAGCUGACAGACAGACAGGUGGACUCCACUGUCACGUCUGUGACCUCACCUGUCGCUCUCUGCAGGUGUUUCAGGAACACAUGAGCGGAUCAGAACACCUGAAGAAACUGACGGCGAUGACACACUCCAUCUGCUUCAACAUACACACACUGCAGGACAGGGGGUGUCGGCCUGAUGCUCAGCGCUGGUGUGACACCUGUCAGACUCACUUCAGUGAUGACAUCAUCAUCCAUCGACGGACAAAACAACACAAGAUGUGUAAGCAGCUGUGUCGUCCCUUCUGUCCCGUGUGUAAACGUCACUUCAGGACUCCCAGGAAGUUUGUGGAGCACAUGAAGUCUGCAGAGCACAAGGAGCAGGUACUAAUACCACAGGGUUACUGCAGUACUAGUACUAACACCACAUGUUUACUGCAGUACUAGUACUAACACCACAUGUUUACUGCAGUACUAGUACUAAUACCACAGGGUUACUGCAGUACUAGUACUAACACCACAUGUUUACUGCAGUACUAGUACUAACACCACAUGUUUACUGCAGUACUAGUACUAACACCACAUGUUACGGCAGUACUAGUACUAACACCACAGGGUUACUGCAGUACUAGUACUAACACCACAUGUUUACUGCAGUACUAGUACUAACACCACAUGUUACGGCAGUACUAGUACUAACACCACAUGUUUACUGCAGUACUAGUACUAAUACCACAUGUUUACUGCAGUACCAGUACUAAUACCACAGGGUUACUGCAGUACUCGUACUAAUACCACAGGGUUACUGCAGUACUAGUACUAACACCACAUGUUUACUGCAGUACUAGUACUAACACCACAUGUUUACUGCAGUACUAGUACUAAUACGACAUGUUUACUGCAGUACCAGUACUAAUACCACAGGGUUACUGCAGUACUAGCACUAACACCACAUGUUUACUGCAGUACUAAUACUAACACCACAUGUUUACUGCAGUACUAAUACUAACACCACAUGUUUACUGCAGUACUAGUACUAACAC